AUGAUGAAAACUAACAACCGACCGUGUUUCCCCCAACGUCUCUUCCUUCUUCUAAAACUCGUCGAAGAGAAGGGACUAGACCACGUUGUCUCUUGGGUCAACGAUGGAUCUGCCUUUAAGGUUCACGACCUGAAGGAAUUCCAAGAUGUAUUGCUGCCCAAGUACUUUAGCACGAAGAAAUACGCUAGCUUUACCCGACAGCUGUGUGCCUAUGGAUUCUCGUGCUUGAGAACUGGACGACAGACUGGUAUUUACUCUCAUCCAGGAUUCCAUCGCAGCGACCCUGCUGGAUCCUUCCAGAUCCGACGAGAAUCGGCCAAGAAGACUGCCAAAUCGCAUGUCUCCAGACCAUCCGUCGAGACUCCAAUGCUCACCAAGCACCAAGGAAUCAUGAAGGCAGGAGUUCCGAAUGUGCAAGCUGGAAUUCCUCAAUCUACCGCCAAGACCUUUGAAUUCCCAGCUGUCUUUGGCAGCAAUGGGCGAUACACCAGUGCGGAUCACACCAAUCAGCUCAGCCAUCUUCACAAUCUCCUUUGCGCUCCCAAGACUGCUACUUCUAUUUCUCAGCCAACCGUAAACCAAACGGCACAAGCACCGGCUAUUCCACAUGCACGAAAGAUUAGCCAGUAUUCUCUGCCAGUCUUGGACUCUUCUGAUGACUCGCAAAGUGACAAUGGAGGCUACAGGACUGGAGUCUCCAUGGAUGAUUUGGAACCCAUUCCAGUCUUUAACUGGGAGAAUGCCUUGUUGCCCCAAAAGAGAGAAUUUUCGGCAUCUUUGAACGGCUUCUCCAGCAUGUUCUCCAACAACAACAACAAGUCCAACUAUGUGGAACCAACGGACGAAGAGUUGCUUGCCGGCAUGUACGAGCCACAAUCCAUUUCCACUGUGUCGACCCCCAUUUGA